AUGGCUGCCUGGAGUACUGGACUUUUUGAUUGUUUCGAUGAUUGUGGUGUUUGUCUUUAUGGUUAUUGUUGUGCACCAUGUCUAUUUGGAGAAAAUGCUGAAAAAAUUGAUGGUAGUAAUUGUUGUGGUUCAUGCUGUUUAUGGUACUUACUGGCACAAUGUAGUUUAUGUUGUCUAAUACAUAUGGGCAAACGACAAGCUUUACGUAAUCGUUAUGGUCUUGAUGAAGAUUGUAAUGAUUGUCUAGCAACAACAUUUUGUGCUCCAUGUGCAAUUUGUCAAGAAGCACGUGAACUUAAAUAUCGUUCAGCUGCUCCUGGAGGACCAACACCAGUUAUAACACAACCAUUAGGCACAUAUACGUAUUCAAUGUAUGGACAAGACAAUAUGCAACCAACACGUGAACAACCGGGAAUAAUGAAACAAGGACAAUUUUAA